AUGAAAGAACGCCAUCCCCGCUGGCUGAGUCGAGGUGGUUCCGGAUCUAUCAUGAGUGCGAUUCUCGCUCACUUGGUGGACACUGGCCAUCUUGUUAACCCAAGUGAAGCAUUCCGCAUUAUUUAUCAGGUCCCCGCGGACCGGUCCGAAUACAUUAAAAUGCGUGCACUGGUCAUAGCCGAGGCCAUCUGUAUUAAGCAUUUGACCCCCGAACUAUGGGCCCAGAAACGUCUAAUCCAAGCUCUCCAUCUCCCCUGGGUUCGCGAGCCCACUCCUCUCCCAAGUCCCUAUUGCCCACACACAAACAUUUGA